ACAGCGUACUGGAAAAGCGAGCCAAAAUACCACACCUAAAUAACUUAACACAAACACACCCCAAUUUCUCUCUCUUAACUCAAAACUCUGAACUUCCAUUUCGUCUCCUACAAGUCUCUUUCUCGAUUAAUUACUAUCUCUCUCUAUUAUUCAUUCAUUCAUUCCGACCUCGUUUCGUUACUUAGUUGCCUAAAAUUCUUGAAUUGGUCCUUUUUUCUAUUAGUUGCAGCGAACUGGGGGCUCUGUGUCAUCACCAGUCACGUUAUCCUAUGUUUGUGUAUUUGAGUUGCAUGUGGUGGAUUUUCCAUGGAAACAGAGGUUGGAGUUGAGGGGAAUGACGAAGGGAAGUUUGAGGAAUCUACUUAUGGGAAAAGUUACUCUUCUCUGUCUACAACCAAACAGCUCAGUGAUCCUGUUGUAUACAAGCUUGUUCGGGUGGAAGGAGAUGGGAGAUUAGUCCCUGCUACAGAUGAUGAAGUUAUGGAGGUUAAGGGCCUGCUCAUAAAUGAGAAGAGUGAAAUGCAUAUUGUUGCAGACACUGGGCAGGCUGUAGGAUGUAUUUCCAAUGAUGGAUCUUCCUCUGGCAUGCUACUUCAGUUGGAAAGCUCAGAAGGUUUGUCACAAUCUGGGAAUACAAAAGUUGAUCCAGAGAAAUUAAAUGCACGGCUUGAGUACAUCGAGGAGAUGUUGCAAAAGGUGAAAGAGGAAGAGAGGCUCCGCUUAGCAUGUGGAUCUCCUGAUUAUUCUUCUGCUUAUAUCAUUGUAGACAGCCAGUGUUCUGAUCAGCAUGAUAAAUUGCCUGGUAUUGAUGAGAAGCUACAAUCUGAAAUUCCCUUGCAGGAAACUGUCCCUUCCUUGGCACCAAGCUUAAAUGAAAGCCAUGUGCACCAACCUGGGAGCAUUAGGGACUGCUCAGAUCCUCCAGAGAACCAGACAGAAAGCGGAUCUUUCACUUGUGCCUCUGUUACUUCUUCAAAACCUGAUUUUUCAAAGUUAAAGGGGGAAAUAUGCUUGGACAAUUUGUCAAUUAAAGAACUUCAUGAAACUUUCAGAGCAACAUUUGGGCGAGAAACUACUGUCAAGGACAAGCAGUGGCUGAAGAGAAGGAUCACCAUGGGAUUGACCAACUCUUGUGAUGUUUCGGCAACAACUUUCAUAAUCAAAGAUAACAAAUUGGUUAAGAAAGGCAAAGAAGAAGGUUCUGUUAAUGUUGAUGCCUUUGCCAAUGAUCCAGUAACAGGAACAAUAAAUAACAGUCAGGAAGGGACACCAAUUACCCAUGAUAGUCAACUGGAAGAUCAAGUUAUUUCCGACAAGAGAAACCAUAGCAUAGGUGACAAUUCUGGAAGUGAAGAUCAUAAUACAGAGCAGAGAGCUGCGAAACGAGUUAGGAAGCCUACAAGACGAUAUAUUGAAGAACUUUCAGAAGUAGAGUCCAAAGAAUCUGGUGGAAGGUUAAGGACAUCAGUAAAAAGUUCUGGAAUUGGACAGGUGUCCUCAAAAUCUCAUCUUAGGCCUGUUAGAAAUGUCUCUACAGAUGGGAGAACUGUCGUCACAAGGUUGGAUUCCCUUGGAGGAUCUGGGAUUCAGAUUCCAUGUGUUUCUCGGGUACGAAGAAGCCGUCCAAGGAAAAAUUUCAUGGCUCUUCUGAAGUUCAAUCCAAGUAGUGCGGGCAUGACUGCUACACUGGUAAAGAAGGCACUCAGUGCACAUAGUUUUCUGCCAGAUAAUGAUGCUGGGAACAAACUUAUGAAGGCUCAAUCUGCUCCUGCAAAGGUUCAGCAUCAGUUUCUAGGUAUACCAGACAAAGAAAAACCACUCACAGCGGUGGGUGCAGUUGAGCUAGGGCAUCAUAAGAUGCUGAAACAAGUGGAUUCAUCUGGGGAUUCAGAUGAUAAUAUAGUUACUGUGCCUACGUCAAAAGGUGGAAUCAGAAGGAAACAUCAUCGGGCUUGGACACUGUCUGAGGUUAUGAAGCUAGUUGAGGGUGUAUCUAGGUAUGGCGCUGGAAGGUGGUCUGAGAUCAAGCGGCUUGCAUUCGCAUCCUAUUCAUAUCGCACUUCUGUUGAUCUCAAGGACAAAUGGCGAAAUCUACUGAAAGCCAGCUUUGCACAGAUACCUGCAGAUAAAGGGAUAAAUUCUCGGAAAAAUGCUGCUACAAUGCCAAUUCCGGAACCAAUUUUGUUGAGAGUUAGAGAGCUUGCUGAGAUGCAGUCACAGGUUCCACCCAAUAUAAGCACGAGCAAAGUGGCUGGAAGUACUGGAAAUAGUGUACAUGAAAAACAAUCAGGGUACUUGUAACAUUGUAACUAGUGCUAGAUCUUAGAUGUAUAAAUUGCAAAUACACGCACGUCAGUUUGUCAACUUCUUUUAUCCCUGUUCUUUUCGCUGCUGCCUUGCCCUUCCAAGGUGGGAAUCACGGGUAGACUGAUACCUAAACAUACAAAUCAGUUGUGGGAAAUACUUAAUUGACGUAGCCUAGAGAAGAGACAAAGUAGUUAAAGAGAGUGAGUGGAUUAGUGGGAAAAAUAGUUCACUUCAAUAAUGCAUGUUAAUGGAUUUCGAUGGACAA